ACUGGGUGUUGCAAAUGAGAUGUUGCUGUCUGAUUGUUUGCAAUUUUGGUGUCUUCUAUCAUUUGGGCUUCUUGCUUUUCAAAUGUCAUGCAUGAUUCUGCAGGGAUUUGUUGCAAAGCAGCAGAAAGGGAAGAAAAGCCAAUGAUCAGUCACAUGUUUUUGACUUACAGUCUGUCCUUUAAAAGGCUGUGCUGCAAAAAAGUCUUCCACAUAAAAAGCCUUCAAGCUGUUGAUUGAUUGCAAUACACAAACACCUUUUCCCCACAUGAAUCUGGUGAAAAACAUAAGUCAAAGAAGCCCUUUUGCCCGCCCUGUUGGUUUCUAGUGGCCUCAAGCUCAUCUUUUUUUCCCUUUCCAUGGUGAUUGAUGCAUACCAUACAUAUAUGCAUACAUACAUCAAACUCAGAUUUCUUAAAUCCACCAGUUGCUUGUUCCGGACAGAUCGAAUCUCUGAGUAGAAACCUUCCCUCCUGAAAACAGAGAUCCACAAUGGGUUUCAGCAAUUCAAGAUCAGUCAGAUUCUGCGAUGAUCUUGAAUCACUGAAGCUUGCCGGCAAUAAGGGAGAUGAAGCCAUGAGGCUCAAGUACAGCAUCGAUGGUGCGCAGGUCUAUGAGGCCGCAGGUUCUCACAGGGUGCCCCGGAACGUGCCCCAGAGAGCCGGGAACAAGUCAUUGAAAGCUAAGGUGCUUUCCCGGGUUUUCUCGGAGGAUUUCGAACGGGUGAAGAGGAAAAUAUUAGAUCCUCGCGGGCAAACCAUCCGCCGGUGGAACAGGAUCUUCCUGGUUGCGUGCUUGGUUUCACUCUUCGUCGACCCUCUAUUCCUCUUCUUGCCCAUUGUUCGGGGCGAGCAAUGCAUAGAUCUCGGGGUGACCCUUGAAGUGGUUCUCAGUAUAGUGAGAACACUAGCAGAUAUCUUUUAUAUAGCUCAGAUCUUCAUUCGGUUUCGGACAGCUUACGUCGCGCCUCCAUCUCGUGUUUUCGGGAGGGGAGAGCUUGUUAUAGAUUCAUCAAAAAUCGCACGGAGAUAUCUCCGGAAAGGUCUCUGGAUAGACCUUAUCGCUGCUCUGCCCCUUCCUCAGGUUCUGAUGUGGCUUGUCAUCCCGAGCCUGAAUGGUUCGACGCUCACCAACACGAAGACUGUGCUCCGUUUCAUAAUAAUCUUUCAGUACCUCCCAAGGCUAUUCCUUAUAUUCCCUCUCUUAUUGCAAAUCAUCAAGGCCACAGGCGUCGUGACCGAGACAGCUUGGGCUGGGGCCGCCUACAAUCUCAUGCUUUACAUGUUAGCAAGCCAUGUACUAGGAGCUUGCUGGUAUCUUUUAUCGAUCGAACGUCAAGAAGAUUGCUGGAGAUGGGUUUGUGAGACUCAGCGGGAAUCUUGCCAAAGCGGGCUUUUGGAUUGCCGCCGGAUCAAUGAUCCCAACCGCAACACUUGGUUCCGAUCAAGCAAUCUCACAAGUUUGUGCGAUCCAUCAAACAACUCCUACAAUUUCGGCAUUUAUGGCGAUGCGGUGACUUUUGAUGUAACUAGCUCUCCGUUCUUCAACAAGUACUUUUACUGCCUUUGGUGGGGCCUCAAGAACUUGAGUUCAUUGGGGCAAAAUCUUUCGACAAGCACUUAUGUUGGAGAAAUCGUCUUUGCAAUCAUCAUAGCGACUCUCGGGCUGGUCCUCUUUGCUUUGCUCAUUGGCAAUAUGCAAACAUACCUUCAAUCAACGACGGUGCGGUUAGAAGAGUGGAGGAUCAGGAGGACUGAUACAGAGCAGUGGAUGCAUCACAGGCAGCUGCCUCCCGAUCUAAGGCAAUUGGUUCGCAAGUAUGACCAGUUCAAGUGGGUGGCUACAAGAGGAGUCGACGAAGAAGCCCUUUUAAAGGGCCUUCCCGUAGAUCUCAGAAGAGAUAUCAAGCGCCACCUUUGCCUCGACUUAGUCCGACAAGUUCCCUUGUUUGAUCAAAUGGAUGAGAGAAUGCUCGACGCCAUCUGCGAGAGGCUGAAGCCAGCCCUGUGCACCGAGGCAACAUUUCUUGUGCGGGAAGGCGACCCAGUGAACGAGAUGUUAUUCAUUAUCCGGGGUCAUUUGGACUCAUACACUACAAAUGGGGGCCGCAGUGGGUUCUUCAAUUCGUGUAGGAUCGGACCUGGGGAGUUCUGCGGCGAGGAGUUGCUCACAUGGGCCCUGGACCCUCGCCCCAGUGCCGUCCUCCCCUCAUCCACACGAACUGUGAAGGCUGUAUCCGAGGUGGAGGCCUUCGCCCUCCGGGCAGAGGACCUGAAGUUUGUUGCAGCACAAUUCCGGCGGCUCCAUAGUAAGCAACUCAGGCACAAGUUCCGGUUCUACUCGCACCAUUGGCGGACCUGGGCGGCAUGUUUCAUACAGGCUGCCUGGCGCCGGUUCAAGAAGAGGAAAGAAGUUGCGGAGCUCAGGGCCCGAGAGGACGCUGCGUCACCUGAGCCAAAUUUGACCUCACCCGGGCCUGGUCUUGCAUUGUAUGCAGCAAGGCUCACCACGAGCACUAGGAGGAGUGGAAACAGUAUAUCAGAUUCAGAUUCCAGCAUGGUCGGGUCGCUGCAGAAGCCCACAGAGCCGGACUUUUCAGUGGAUGAGGACUGAUAAUCAGGUCCCCAUCGAGUAGGCAUGAUGAAUAGAACUAUUUGUGCAUAGGUGAUAAUUCAUCAAGUAUAUACCAAAAUCAAAGGGCAACAGCAGAAAAGGGAAAGGCAUUUCUUA